GAGUAACCUGUGGAACAACAAUAAUAACAACCUUAUGAACCCGAUGGUAGUCUGUGCACAUCACUUUAUCAUAGUCAGUGGCAGAAACAGAAGCAACUGCUUCAUGGCUUCUUUAAUAUUUGGCGUUGCUAUUUAUUAUAAUUCCAGAAAAACCGAUUGUUUGUUGAAAGCGCCAUUUUCUUUUUAACUGACGAGAGUCUUAUCAUGGGGAUCAAGGCGGUCGCGCAGGGUGUAUAGCAGCAAAAUGGCGUUGCGGAGAAUAACCCAGGAAACAUUUGAUGCAGCAGUCAAAGAAAACAUUGAGGAGUUUGACAUGGAUCCUGAAGAUGCUCUCCGGGAUGCUGUGGAGCAGUUUGAAUCCCAGGGAGUUGACCUCAGUUGCAUAGUCAAAGUGGUUCCCACUUCAUCGUCCAGUGUGGUCGAAGAUGAGCAGACACACCAGGUCUUAAGGGCUUUGGAGUCCCUCAGUGCUAACAAAGAUUUAAAUGACGUCUCAAGACUGUCCGCUGACCUAAAGGGCUUCACCGAGCAAUGCCAACUUGGAUUUGCCCAGCGAUACCUGGCUGCUCAGAAAGAUGCAUAUCCCAUUAUCAUCUCUGUGUGUAAAAAGAGCUUGGACGAUCCUGAAGCCGUGUUGACAGCUGUAUCCGCCUUAGCUGCGCUAACCGAUGGACAGCCAGAUCUGUUAGACGCUGAAGGCCAGCAGUUCCUGUUGGACGUCAUUAAGAAGUACCAGACUGAUCCAGUUGUGGCACGUGUGUGCAUCUGUGCCGUGCGCCACUGCUGCUUGAAGCAUGAGCAGAAUAGGCAAGACUUAGUGAAAGGUGGCAUCCUCCCUUUGUUGACUGGAGCAUUAACACAGAACAGAGCGUGUGGAGCCCUGGUGAAGGAGGCGUCUGCUGCUCUCAGGGUCAUGACCUUUGACGACGAUGUCCGUGUCCCAUACGGGCAGGCCCACGAGCACGCCAAGGCUAUUGUUUUGAUACACAAUGGGCUGAAGGUUCUGAUACAAGCUGCAGAAGCUCAUGUUGACAACACUGCUGUUCUGAGUGAACUAUGUGCCACUUUGUUGCGUCUGGCUGUCAGAAACGAGUUUUGUCAAGACAUAUGUAAUCUGGGAGGACUGAAGCUCAUGAUGACCCUGCUGGCUGACAGCUAUGAAACAGCGGACUUAGUUCGCCAGGUCCUGAGCGCGAUCCGAGCUGUUGCUGGAAAUGACGAUGUUAAAGACACGGUCGUGAAUGCAGGUGGGGUCCCGCUGAUUGUCAUCGCCAUGAACAGACAUAUUCGUGAUGCCUCGGUGUGUGAACAGGGCUGUGCGUGCCUCGCUGUCCUGGCUUUACGGAAACCCAAAAACUGUGCCGUCAUAAUGGCGGAAGGGGGAGCCUUAGCUGCUGUGCAGGCCAUGAAGACACACCCUAAUAGUGCGAAUGUUCAGAAACAGUCCUGUAUGUUGCUGAGAAAUCUAGUGGCACGUAUGAGCAACUUCAGCCAACCAAUUCUAGACAUGGGAGCAGAGGCCCUGAUAACUCAGGCACUGAGGAGCCAUCAAGACUGUGGGGAUGUUGGCAAAGCAGCACUGAGAGAUUUAGGUUGUCAGGUGGAGCUAAGAGAGCUGUGGACUGGCAAGCAUGGAAGCCUCACUAACUGAAGGGGAAUUUAAAUAAAAAAAUGUUUCUUUUAUACAGAACAUUGAGUAUCAUUCCAAAAUAGCAUGUUUUUAGUAGAUGCUGAAACAAGUUGUUAUAACAUGUUUAUGGGACGUUUUGAGAGUCACAUCAGUCACACUUCUUUGACUCUGUUUUAAAAACAGUUAUUGGCAGAGUUAAUCAUGGUAGACUCUCGCUGUUAUUGUUCACCAUGUUGUGUUCAUGACAAACUGCUCAAGUCCAAUAUUAUGUCCGUUUUAAUGUAGAUUUUUCUUUUGCAUUUUUCUGGUGCCAUUCUUCAUAAACACUGAGUUUUAUGAUUUAAAUGCUUGAUUAUUUCUCAAACAGUACCGCACACAAAGAGAAGUCAUGCAAGGGAUGUAGCACUUCUAAGUAUGCUACAGUUAUUUAGUCAUAUCCAGAUAUCAGUGAGUUUCAUUACCAAGCUGAUUUGUCAACAAUGCGUCAUGUUCUUUGGAGAUGUAAACAUUGUUGUAAUGUCUUAUAACUGCAAGAUUAUAAUGUUUGGCAAUUUCAGAUUCUGAAACAAACAGGUUAUGGAAAAUCUUCUGUAUUUUUAUGUUUGGAAUGACCUACUUCUCUGUACCUGCAACUCUUGAAUUCAAGGCCAGAAACAUGUUCCGGUGCCAUGUAUUUUCACACUGAUUUUCCACUGAAUACACUUUCAAAGUUU